CCCGUUUUGAAGUUUCUACGUAAGUCGCAGGACACUGCAGUAUAGUAGUUGUCACAUCGGAAUUUCGGAGGACAGGGUGCCAGGUGAUUGUGACGUGUCACAUAGCCUCAUCUCCAACGUCUGUAUCAGUUGCAGUUAUGGGUGUGAAUGAGUUAUGGUCCAUCUUGGAGCCAGUGUGCGAGUCUGUGCCCCUCUACAGCCUUGCUGGAAAGACACUGGCUGUGGACCUGAGUCUGUGGGUCUGUGAGGCCCAGUCUGUGAAAGAGAUGGUAGGGCGAGUCACAAAACCCCACCUCCGAAACUUGUUUUUCAGAGUUUCAGCACUUACACUAAUGGGGAUCAAGCUCAUUUUUGUCAUGGAGGGUGAGGCACCAAAAAUAAAAGCAGAGACUAUGAGCAAACGAACUGAGCUGCGAUUUGGGGGUGCCAAGAAGCAGGCUCCUAAACCAUCAAAAUGCAACAGAUCCCGCUUCAAGUUCAUUCUCAAAGAGUGUGCAGAAAUGCUCGACUGCUUGGGAGUUCCGUGGGUCACUGCAAAAGGAGAGGCAGAAGCUAUGUGUGCUUUCCUGGAUUCUUCUGGAUUAGUUGAUGGGUGCAUUACGAAUGACGGAGAUACCUUCUUGUACGGAGCACAGACUAUUUACAGAAACUUCAACAUGAACACCAAGGACCCACAAGUCGACUGCUAUAAGAUGAAAAGAGUCCAGUCUGAGCUUCACCUGGAUCGAGAGACUCUUGUCGGUGUAGCAGUACUGCUGGGUUGUGACUAUAUGCCAAAGGGUAUACCAGGUGUUGGAAAAGAGCAAACUUUGAAGCUAAUAGAGACACUAAAAGGAAAAACACUUUUGCAAAAGUUUAGUGAAUGGAAAGAUGAGGGUCAGGUAACACAGGAGAAAAGUGUGAAGAAGAUUACUCACUGCCCUGUGUGCCAUCAUCCAGGAACUUCUAAAUUUCAUGAGCACCAUGGCUGUAAGCUGUGUAACAGCAAACGGUUUUGUGAACCCCAGGACUAUGAAUAUUCUUGUCCUUGUGACUGGCACCGGGCAGAACAGUCAAGACAAAUCAGUCCAGUAGAGUCCAGCAUUAAAAGGAAAACCUUAGCAAGUGAGGGAUUCCCUUUCAAUGAGGUAAUUAAUGAGUUUCUAGUGCCUAAGGAUAGUCCAGUUGAAAAUGUGACAAGAAGAAAACCAAAUCUUUUUCUUAUGCAGAAUUUUGCUUUAGACAAAAUGGAUUGGCCAAAACACUACACCAGUGAAAAGGUGCUGGCACUCAUGACCUACACUGAAAUGACGAACAUCAAAUGUGGCAAAAAGACAUCCUCAUACUUACAACCAAUACGAAUUUGUAAGUCACGGGUCAGGAAUGGAGUUGCCUGCUUUGAAAUAAUCUGGAAGAAACCAGAUCAUUAUGUACAUGUUGAUUCCAUGGCGGAAGGAUGUCAGGACGUUGUGACGACAGUUGAAGAGCAGUGUCUUUUCGAAGCUGCGUACCCUGACAUUGUGGACCAAUACAUGAGAGACAAGGCAGAAGCUGUGGAGAACAAGUCCAAACAAAAGAAACAGCGGAACAAGAAAAAAGACAACAAACCAGAGGAAGCAGAUGGUGUUUCAGAGCUUUUUGUUCUAAUGAACCUGCACAGUUCAUCUGAAGACAAAAUAAGUUUUACAAAAGGAAUAAAGAUAAUGCCCCCAUCUGAUACCACUGUCACCAGGAAAGAUCUGGAUUGUUCCCAGUCCUCCAAACAGCAGCAGAAACUUCCAGUGGGCCACACUGAAUCUGGUGCUCCCCAGGGAACACCAGUUGAAAAGGACACACAAGCUGAAUCUUCAGCCUCCUCUGCAGGCGCUGUCACAACAGCAGAUUCUCCUUCGGUGUCUGUGGUCAUUGACGAACUACAGUUAAGUGAAAUCGACUGGGAUGCCUUGUCUUUCACCUCCUCUCCUCAAGUCCAGAAAUGGGAGCAUACAACAACAGCUACUCAGGCUCAUCUGUCCCCAGGUUUCAGCAGCAGUAAAGAGAAAAUAUACACAACUUUGGUCACAGAAUCAGACAAAGAUACAUUAAUUUCUGACUACGUUUCAUACCUGAAUACUCUGAGACCUCAAAAUUUGCAACCUGUGAGAGAUCUCUCAGACAAUUCUCUAAGGAGCAGAGACCUUCUAAAAAAUGCUACUGAGCACCAUAUGAUAGCACUAAGUCCAGGCAUUCUGACAACCACGAGUCAGCCAAAAACCAGUGCAGAGCCUGAAUUCCGAAACUCUAAGGUCGAUGGUGUUGUUACCCUUUCUGGUCAGGCCCAAAGGUGUAUUGAAAAAGAAUUUCUUAGUACUUCCCAAAAGCAUGGCAGUAAACACAGUUCAGUGCUCAAAACCUCCUGCCUCAUAACUCAUAAAGCAAAAGACUGUUCAAGUGGCAAACCUUUGCCAAAAUAUAAAUUUUCAAGAACAAAAAGCUCUGUGCUGUCUCAAAAAAGCAGUGGGGACCCAGGUGAUGGUGGAUGCCCUGCAAACAGGAAGAGGCAAGGUGUAAAGAGUGUCUGUAUCGUUUUAUCCUCUUCAAGUGAUAACAGUGAUGCUGAGAAUAUGCUGGUUGAGCAAUGGAGUGAGACGUCCAAGUCCAAAACUCGGCAGAAGAGUCACAUGGACUAUAAACGUGAGAUAACUGAGAGGGUGACUACGCGUAAAACUUGCAGCUCAGCCUCUGAGUUGAAUCCUGUACCUUCAGAUGGAAAUGGAAAAAAGAGUGAGGUUGAAGAGAAUAGCGUUGUAUUUAUUUCCGAAGAACUUGACCAGGGCCCAGUCUCUGCAUCUCAGAUGUGUGCCAGUGAUGAAGAUGACUCUGUGAAUUUUGCCAACAGCCCACUGCCAUUAGCAGAAAGACUGAAACUCAGAUAUUUUUAAUUGGAAUCC